AUGGUGGUUUUCAGGGAUGAUUGGAGAUGUGUUGUUGACAACCUUUUAACCAAAAAGAGAUAUAAGGAGUCUCCCAACAAUGAAAUUUUAAACUGGCUGGCACAGCUACAAGAAAUUGGAUUCUUUGACGCACGUGAGAAUCGUCAAACACUGACAGCCACCGCAGGUAAUGUUCAUGCUGCAUUUGAGAGUCUAUUUGGAAUUCUUGGUUAA